UCUACUUGCCGAGCACUUCUACCCUGUUAGACUUGGCCCACCACAUGCUGCCCUUAGCCCAGGCAGCCAUGUGGCCGACCAUUCUGCUUGCCCUCUGCUGCCUGGCUUCCGACACCCAUGGGGCACACUCCCCAGAUUUUUGUUCCAGAGAUUUAAACUCCAGUGUGAAACCAGGAUUUCCCAAACCAAUAAAGACCAAUAACCCAGGAGUGCUUAAGGCGGCCAGGCACAGUGUGGAAAAGUUCAACAACUGCACGAAUGACAUCUUCCUGUUCAAGGAGUCCCGGGUCAACAAAGCCCUGGUCCAGGUGGUGAAGGGUCUGAAAUACAUGCUGGAGCUGGAAAUCGGCAGAACUACAUGCAGGAAGACCAUGCACCCCCAUCUGGACAACUGUGACUUCCAAACCAACCCUGCCUUGAAGCGGACUCUGAACUGCUACUCUGAAGUCUGGGUCAUACCCUGGCUCCACAGCUUUGAAGUACCUGUUCUCCGUUGCCACUGACUUCUGCCUCUUCAGCAAUACCAGGGCUGUGCCCCCCUACUCCCUACUUUCCACCCCAGCCUGGACAUCUUGAUCCUCAGGGCCUUCUUACCAGUGAGCAGGUGGAAAUGCCAGUGGGUCAUCGGGUGAUGAGAAUGGGAGAAUAUAGUGCCCUCCUGGCCAGAUUAACUGUAUUCACAUUGUCUUCUAAAAUUAAUU